GCCCGGUCCCGCCCAUCCCGGCGCAGCGGCGAUGACGCGCGCGCGCGCCGCGCGGGGCCCGGCAUGAGGACUUUGUGGAGAUUGGGAUACUGUGCCAGACUACUGAAAACUAAUCAUUUUAGAACAGCUGCAUCAAAUCCAUCAUUUCCAGCAGUUUGGAUGCUAUUGGCACAACAUUCUGGCACAAUACCUGGGCUCUUUGUAGUAGUUCAAAAAAACACUUUGUUCACAAUGCCCGAAACCGUGGAGGAUAAAACUGAUCCAGAACUGUAUCUGCCACAUCCUGGAGUGCGUGGGAUGACACUGCUCAACAGAGAGGCUUUCAAAAGGACUCUGGUUGUUCCAGCUCUUAAAGUCAGGAAGGAAAUUGUGCACAGAGUGCUGAAAUCCCUGAAACAAUCGGUGCUGCAGCGCCCCGGCCUCAAGCGCGUGGUGGAGGACCCAGAGGAUGAGGACAGCAGAUUUGUUAUCCUGGAUCCUCAUAAAGUGCCAGAUUUCUCAUUGGGGGAGUCAGAGCAGCAGGUGCUGAAGGAGCUCAGCGUCCCUGCUGAGGUGUGCAGGUACCAGCUGGAGCUGGGCUAUGAGAAUUUCAAGUCGGAGGAGAUCCUGAGGGCCGUCCUUCCCCAGGGCCAGGAGGUCACCUCUGGCUUCAGCCGUGUGGGCCACAUUGCUCACUUGAACCUCAGGGAUCACCAGCUGCCCUACAGACACCUCAUUGGCCAGGUGAUAAUGGACAAGAAUCCAGGAGUCACCUGUGUAGUCAAUAAAACCAACAUUAUCGACAGCACAUACAGGAAUUUUGAAAUGGAAGUGCUUGCUGGAGAGAGCAACCUGGUGACCAAGGUCAAAGAAAAUAACAUUUCCUACGAGCUGGAUUUCUCCAAGGUGUACUGGAACCCGCGGCUGUCCACGGAGCACGGCCGCAUAGUGGCGCUGCUCAGGGCCGGGGACGUUCUGUUCGAUGUCUUCGCCGGCGUCGGCCCUUUCGCCAUCCCGGCGGCCAAGAGGAGGUGCCGAGUGUUUGCCAACGACCUCAACCCCGACUCCUACUCCUGGCUGCUGCACAACUGCCGGCUCAACAAAGUGCACAGCCAGGUGAAGGCGUUCAACAUGGACGGCAGGGCCUUCCUGCGGGGGCCGGUGAGGGAGGAGCUCAGCAAGGAGCUCCCGCUGCUGGGGGAGGAGCACCAAACCGCGUUCCACAUCGUGAUGAAUCUGCCAGCCCUGGCUGUGGAGUUCCUGGAUGUCUUCAGGCAUCUCUUGGUGGGGGAGCCCUGCAGCCCUGCUGGCCUCCCCACCGUGCACUGCUACGGCUUCUCCAAGCACAGGGACCCAGCCAGGGACAUUCAGGAGAGGGCAGAGGCCGUGCUGGGAACCUCCCUGGCCGGGCGCUGCUCCACUUUCCUGGUCAGGAACGUGGCACCCAGCAAGGAGAUGCUGUGCCUCAGCUUCCAGGUGCCAGCAGACGUGCUCUACAAGAGGCCCUGCCCUGAGGAAGCAAAACCAGCCUCAAAACGUCUCUGUACCAGCCAAGAUUGUUCAGAAGAGAAGGCACUGAGUUGAAGAGUGUGGUGACUGCCUUAGUUUGUGUAAAGGAUAUUUGGGGUGUCUCUGGUUUACCCCUUGAGUUACAAGGAGCAGAGCUGUGUUCCCAUUGAGUUACAGCUUUUUUUUGGGAGCCUUGCUUCCUGCAGUCACCUUUUCUUCUCAUUGUGGGAUUGACUGAAAUUGCUACUACAAAAAAUUAAAACUUCAUUCUCUUAUAAUAAAUGUGUUUUGGUACUUCCCUGCUGUCUGUUGUUUCACACCCUGUGCUAACUCAGUGGCAGGGCCUGGGGUGGUUUUCUGCUGUGGCAUUUUGAUGAUGUGCAAGAUGUGGGGAGAACAGACUUUUGUGUCUUGUCAGGUCUGGGAAGGUGAGUGAUACAACCACUGCCCUGGAUUCUCCCUGACAGAUGUGUUCUGCUUUCAGAAUUUGGGUUAUGCUUAGCAGAUGCACAAACAGCUCUUGUGUAAGCAAGGUAACCUUUCAAAAGCUUAACCUGAGAUACCAAAAGGGCCUGAUAGCCCAACAUCCUGAGGUUUUGAGUAAAAAAUUCAUUUUGACAUCAAGAUUUAGUUAGGGAUUAGUUGACUCCUGACUCUGUGUUUGUCCAUGGUUAGAGCCAGAAAGACUGUAAUGUCUUUUGAUUGUUUGCAGAUGAAGUUCAGCUCUCAUUGCAGUUCUAUUGAAACCAGCACCUGAAAAACAGUUCUGUCCUCCUGACACCGUGUCCUGCCGUGGCUUCUGUGCCUCUGCCCUCUCCAGCUCUCCCCACCUCUGCCUGCUCCCCUCCCUGGAUGAUCUUUCUGCCUGGCUGCUUGUAUUCUGCAGGGAUUUGAAAAGCCUCUGCCUUUGAUUUCCUUUUCUUACCCAUCCAAACUAUUGUUGGGCAAUGUCAACCACAAACAGUUUAUUUGGCCGGAGCGCUCGGCUCGCCCUCUCCGUUUCAGAGAUUUUCCCUCAGCCCAGGCUCUGAGCUCACACCCAGCCACCAGAUGUGUGUCACCCUCGUGGCCCUGCUGCUGUGGCCCAGCCCUGAGCCUGCAGCCUGCUGCAUUUUUGGUUCUCACCCAAACACCACCAAGGGCCACGGAUUUGUUUUGCUGGUGGCUCUGCGUGCCGGCCUUUCCUUCCCUUGGCUGCACAGCUGUGUUGGGAGCGAGCCCUCGAGCUGGGUUCCUGCAGGAUCUCAUUUACCCAUCCCCAGGGAGGCUGUCCUGCCUCACCCAGGUGUCCUGAUCCCUCCCUGGCCUGCACUGAGCCCCAGACUCCUGCUCAGCCCUGCAGCUCCAGCCCUGCAGCUCCAGCCCGUGCUCUCCUCCCAGGCACGGCUGUGCUGGGAUUCUGUCCCUGCUCUGCUGCUCUCCAGCUGCUGCCUCCCCUUCCCACAAACAUCUGAAGGCAGCUCCUGUUCUCCAGGGCCCCCCACAAGCACUGCUGGAGAGAUAAGGCACUCACUGAACCACUCUGAGAUGGUGCAACCACCCUGGGAUCCCUGUGACUUCACAGCCCCAAUUCAGGGCUUGGCACCACUGCACCAACCCAAACUAUUUCUGAGCCAAAAUAUGUAACUCUGACUUUCACUAAAGUGUCAGGGCAGGGAAGGAUUUAAAGUGGUAAAUAUUUUUUCCCUGAAGAACCAAAUGCCAGUGUUAUUCCAGCAGCAUAACUUCAGUUCAGAUACCAGUCUAGCAGAUACAUCACUGUGCUCAUAACCAGGGGUUUUCCAGCUUUCUGUGCAGCUGCCAGUUCUGUGUACAAGAAAUAACACAAUAAAUAGCAGCCAGGCUACACACAAGUUAAUGAGUGUAUUGAAAUUAUAAAUAUUAAUAUGCAUAUGCAGUUCUGCAUUCAUUAGGGCAUGACCUGGGGCUUUACAGAGUGAAUAUCAAGAGAUCAUUGGUGAUCUCUGCCAGCCUGGGUGAGCCUGGGAGAUGAGAGAAAGGAGAAUAGAGGAGGGAAAGAUCUGAUCUUACCUCUGCCUUCUGGAACAUUCCUUGUCAGCAGCUCUUC